AUGUUGCCCACAUCUAUAGGAAACUUGUCGACCACUCUUGUUGGAUUUGAUGUUAGUUUCAAUCGGAUACAUGGAGGCAUCCCAAAUGGGAUAGGCAAUCUUGUUAACUUGAAUAUUCUGUUUAUGAACUAUAAUCAAUUUACAGGAAAUAUCCCUGCUGAUAUUGGGAGGCUUCAAAAAAUAGGGAGGUUGGGUUUGGACAACAACAAAUUAUCAGGGCACAUCCCAUCCUCUGUUGGGAAUUUAACAGAGUUAACCACACUCGAAUUACAGGGAAGUGAUCUCGAGGGCAGCAUCCCUCCAAGUUUGGGGCAAUGUCGAAAGCUACUUCUGUUGAAACUUUCUCAAAACAAGCUUAGUGGUUCAAUAACCCAACAAGUUUGGGGUCUCUCAUCCUUGUCAGUGGUUUUGAAUCUAUCUCGAAACCACUUGACUGGUUCCCUUCCCAUGGAAGUUGGAAAUGUGAAAGGUCUAAGUUCAUUGGACCUUUAUGAUAACAUGUCAUCUGGGGAACUCCCAGAAAUCUUGGCAAGAGUUCUUGAUGAUGGUGGAGCUCAGUUGGUUGCCAUAAAAGUGUUUAACCUAUUACGGCAGGGAGCUUUGAAGAGUGUCAUAACAGAGUCUGAGGCUUUGAGAAAUAUCAGGCAUCGAAAUCUCGUCAAGAUUAUUACUGCAUGUUCAAGUGCUGAUUUUCAAGGCUCUGACAAUGAAUUGACUGGACAUGUUGCUGACUUUGGGCUAGCAAGAUUUCUCUCAAAGUUAUCAAGUAACAUUUCUGCAAAUCAAAUAAGUUCCAUUGGAAUAAGAGGAUCAGUUGGCUAUGCUGCACCAGAGUAUGGAAUGAGAAGUGAGGUGUCAACGUAUGGGGAUGUGUCCAGCUUUGGCAUUCUCUUGUUAGAGAUGUUUACUGGGAAGAAACCCACUGGCUACAUGUUCAGUGAUGGCUUGAACCUUCAUAAUUUUGUGAAGACAGAGAUUGCAGAUGCGGUAUUAUUUCUUCAAGGAGGCAUCAAGGACACUCCCAAGCAACGCAGCGCAACUGCACAAAAAUUGGAGGAGUGUUUGAGUUUGAUAUUUAGAACUGGAAUUGAGUGUUCUGCAGAAUCCUCAAGAGACCGAAAGGGCAUCCGUGAUGCUGCAUCUGCAUUGCGCUCCAUUAGGGACGUUCUUCUUUGA